AAAUGUACGUGCUUCUUUCAACUGAUGAAGUUAUACAAAUUCGUUUAUUCCUGGAAACCCACUGCUGGCUAUAAAUGAGGCAUAAGUAGUGCAUGUAAUUCAGUUUCCAUUUGUCCAAGAUGACAGCAGCUACUAGUGUACUAUUUCUCUGUUCUGUCCUGCCAAUACUAUCCCUGGCACAGCUGCAAGGUCAAUGUGACCUACCAGGUUACUAUCAACCUGAGGGGUCUGGAUUCUAUGUCUACCCCAAUCUUUCCUGCACUGAUAAUGGCUUAACUAUCCAACUAGUCCACAACUAUGCAGAGGAUCUAAGUGACUCAAGAAUCCAGCUAUUCUAUGAGUGCACUGCAGCUUCUGGGGAGGUCUCAUCUAACACAGUGCCAGACAGUUACAACACUCGAAUUGAUGACUUUGUGUACAGUGUACCCCUGUCCUCACUGCUUGUUGAUCCUGGUUCCACGUGUGCAGUGUAUGGCUGUUACGAGGAGAGUUCCAUAGACGAGAUGUUUGAACAUUUCCCAAUUCAAAGCCGAACUUGUCAGUAUACAACAGGCAGUCCACCAAGUCCCAGCAGUCCACCACCAGUUGGAGAAGUAACGUAUACGGAAGUGCCAACACAAGAGACGAGUGCAACAGUACAAGUCUCAACACAAGAAGUCACAACUGAGGGCAGAGUUGAAUCACAAUGUACUCUUAUAGGUGACUAUCAACCUGAGGGGUCUGGAUUCUAUGUCUACCCCGAUCUUUCCUGCACUGAUAAUGGCUUAACUAUCCAACUAGUCCACAACUAUACAGAAGAUCUAAGUGACUCAAGAAUCCAGCUAUUCUAUGAGUGCACUGCAGCUUCUGGGGAGGUCUCAUCUGACACAGUGCCAGACAGUUACAACACUCAACUUGAUAACUAUGUGUACAGGGUGCCUAUAUCUUCACUGCUUCUUGAUCCUGGUUCCACGUGUGCAGUGUACGGCUGUUACGAGGAGGAUACUGUAGACACGAUUUUUGAAUAUUUCUUAAUUCAAAAUCGUACUUGUCAGUAUACAGAAGUGCCAACACAAGAGACGAGUACAACAGUCUCAACACAAGAGGUCACAACUGAGGGCAGAGAAGAUUUGAAAUGUACUCUUCCAGGUGAUGAGGACUCUGGAUUCUAUGUCUACCCCGAUCUUUCCUGCACUGAUGAUGGCUUAACUAUCCAACUAGCCCACAACUAUACGUAUGAUCUAAGUUACUCAAGAAUCCAGCUAUUCUACGAGUGCACUGCAGCUUCUGGGGAGAUAUCAAACGACAUAAUACUACAAAGUCACAACAGUCAACUUGAUGACCAUGUGUACAGUGUAUCCCUGUCCUCACUGCUGGUUGAUCCUGGUUACACGUGUGCAGUGUACGGCUGUUAUGAGGAGAAUACCACAGACAAAAAGUUUCCAAUUCAAAACCGAACUUGUCAGUAUACAACAGACAGUCCACCAAGUCCCAGCAGUCCACCACCAGUUGGAGAAGUAACCACACCUAAUGGUGCCGGCAUCAUUGGCUCAUGCAGAAGCUUGUUUGUCAUCUUGGCUGGGAUUGUGCUAGCUAUAGGUACACUAUAGAGGAGCUGGACAGUGACAGCAAAUCAUCAUUCAUGUAUAUACUGCCGCAACCUACCCAUUCAUGAAUGUAUGCCAUAAUUAUACAGAUACAUAUUGUUUGUACAGUUUAACAUAGAGCAAUUGCAUGUGACUAAUUGCUGUCUGUAUUAAAAAAAUGGCACGUUAUAUAAGAAGUAGAUCAACCACUCAAUUACUGAGAACUGUAUAAUUAUGUUAUAGUUAUACUAUGGUUCGGGAUUUAAAAUAGGGGGGGGGGGGGGGGUAAUAAUGAUGAUUACCUAACCAGGCAAUUUCCUCAUAGGAAGACCUUAGCGAUACUUCAGUAAUUUUAACACUGGAUUGUAUUUCACUUCUUGGGUGGCAUAUCAAAUGGAAGCCAUUUCAAAGAGGAUACGCACACACAAGACUUCAUAAAUAGAGCCACGUUCAUUUUAAUAGCAUAUAUAGAAGCAGCUAGACUAUAGCUAGCUAUAUUUUAAGCUAUAAUUAUUAUACAAUGAAAGUGCCUAGCUGUGCUCUGAUACUAUAUUCCAUCCUACCAGUGUUAGCAUUGACACAGUCUCAGUGUGACUUCGGAGAUGAAUCCAGUGGUAUAUCGACCCGUGGACCCUGGAUUCAACGUCUACCCCGAUCUCUCCUGCACUGAUAAGGGCCUAAGUUUCAAACUAGUCCACAAUUAUGUGCAGACUCGUGACUCAAGAAUUCAGCUAUACUAUGAGUGUAAAAAUUGGACUGGAAACGUUCUAUCUGGUGGUGAAGUGCCCAACUCUCGCCACUUUCCCAUCGAUGAUUUCGUUUAUAGUGUACCAUUGACAAUAUCAUCGUCAAUAGUUACCUCUUCGUCGUGUCAGGUGUACGGCUGUUACCAAGAGAAUGUCAUUGACUCAUUACAUCACUAUUUCCCCAUUCAAAAUAGAAGUUGUCAAUACGAAGCAGAGGCUAUAACUACCACCACAGCUGCCACUACAACCACACCCUCUACAACGUCCUCUCCAGCCAUUGACAGGCAGACAACAACAACAAGACCACUACUAAUGGUUCAAAACGAAACUGAAUUCAAUCAUGCUGAAACACUUGGUUCAAGGAUAAACUUGUUACUCCUCAUAGCAGGAAUUCUAAUGACUAUUGCGAUAUGAUUCAGAGCACAAUAGAACACACCACCAGUUAUGUACCACCAAUUAUACAUGUACGUACCAACACUGCACUUCUGUACAUGCACAUACACCCAUUGUUUGUUGUUAUACAAGUUUGUGUACGUACUCAUGUCAGAAACCCAUGGAAUGAUUUUAAUGAAUAUUAUACAGCAA